UCCAGACCCUACAGCAGGGAGAAGAGAGAAGAUUAAGGGCUGAAGCUAGGGCCCGUAAUCUUGAGGCUGCAAGAGAAGCAACAGCCGCUUGGGCGGUAGCAAUGAGUAAUGCUACUUCCGCAGCAACUGCUGCGAACUCAACUGGUCAAGGGCUAGGCAUGCCUACCAGUUCACAGUCAAUCUCCAGUACAUCAGGGAUUGGCACUACUCAAAUGGUGGGCUCGCAGUUCAGUUCGCCGCCUACACGCACCCGGGAGCAGAUGGAGCUCCAGCAAGUAGAGAGGAUCCGCUUAAGGUUAGAGGAGGAACUUACACAAGCUACUAAGAGAGAGAAAGAGACCAAAGAUAGAAGUGCUAGACUACAGGGCAGGGAGGCAGAUCACGCUGCGUUAGAAGGAUUAGAUGACUCGGCCCUCAGCAACAAUGAAACGAUUCUGAAGGCGAGCAUCCUGUCCAUGCAUGCAUACAUGGACAGUAAACUGGAUGCAAUCCAGGACACCUUGGACCAGAUCCUGAAUGCUAUGCACAAGCCAGGGAUCCGGCCAGCAGCGUUACCAUCGCUGCCACUCUCAGCGAUGACAGGCCUCUAUGCCGCUCAGUCUACACCACCACCAAGUGUUUCAUCAACAGUAGCACUAUCUCAGACAGUUGCUUCUUCUGGUCCAGCGACUGUUGCUACACCACAGUCGCCACCUGUCUCGCAAGCGGGACAGCAAUAUCCUUGGUAUCCCAAGACCCCACUGAACCCACCUGCAACCUUCUCAGGAGAUAAGAAGGAUGAGGCUCUCGACACAUGGUUGAGAACGGUGCCAGUGUGGGUAAGGGCAAAGAGGACAUUGGUAGAAGAGGAAGUGAUUACUGUUGCAUCCUACUUAGAGGGUUCAGCAGCCCGUUGGCUAAACGGAUUAGUUGCUUCAAAGGGUUUCGCCAGGAACAUGCAUGAUUGGGCGCAGGCCCAUACUCUUGAAAGCUUUACGGAUUUAGUGGAGGCUCGUUGGCACAACCCUCAGCAGGCACAGAUAGCCACUGACGGGCUCUUGAAACUUGAUACUAGAAAGUACAAGUCAAUGCGGGAACUUACCACAGCCGUAGAGCGUCUGAUCGUCGUCCCGGGAGUGGAGUACAAUCCACAGGUCUUGCUGACCAUGCUCCUGAGAUGUCUUCCCACAGACAUUAGGAACUUAUUAGCCAGCGAGGCUCGACGCGAGUAUCACACCUUUGAGUCAUUCAGCAAGAAGGCCAUAGACUUAGAGGCUACGCUGGGAGUCGUCGAUAGGGAGAUUGUCCAUGCCAUAGAGAUUAUCCCAGGGACUAAAACACCUAAGGGUAGAAUCUAUAGGAUGGCUCCAGCCGAGUUGGACGAACUUCGGCGGCAACUGAAAGAGCUCACAGAGAAGGGUUGGAUCCGGCCUAGCACUUCCCCCUUUGGCUCACCAGUAUUGUUUGUUCCAAAGAAAGGAGGAACACUCAGGAUGUGCAUUGAUUACAAAGGCCUCAAUGACAUCACCGUUAAGAACGAAGAGCCUCUACCACGCAUCGACGACUUAUUGGAUAGGGUGCAGGGGUGUAAGUACUACACAAAGAUAGACUUAAAAUCCGGCUACCAUCGGAUUGCCAUAAGACCAGAGGACCAGCACAAAACCGCAUUUCAGACCAGGUACGGUCUGUACGAGUUUGUGGUGAUGCCCUUUGGCCUUUGCAAUGCGCCGGGUACAUUCCAGCACGCCAUGAAUAGGAUCUUCCAUGACUACUUGGACAAGUUUGUUGUCGUGUACCUCGACGACAUACUUAUCUUUAGUAGAUCUGUCGAGGAGCACGCUCAGCAUGUAGACACUGUACUUUCACACCUUCGGCAGCACAACUAUAAGAUAAACUCUGAGAAAUGCGAGUUUGGUCGCACUCGAAUCUUGUACUUGGGUCAUGAGGUAUCCGCGGAUGGGAUUAGGCCCAAAGAUGCGAAGGUGGCUAGCAUUCCAAACUGGCCACGACCCCAGUCUGUGACCGAGGCCAGAUCAUUCUUAGGAAUGUGUGGUUAUUACCGCAAUUUCGUAAAGAAUUAUAAUACGAUCACAUCUCCCUUGACUGAUCUAACUCGUCUUGACACACCAUGGGACUGGACCGACGAGUGUGAGGCAGCUUUCAAGUGUUUGAAGCAUGCUCUCACGCAUCAUGAAGUUCUCAUGGUACCCGACCCGCAAAGGUCAUUCGUUGUAACCACUGACGCAAGCCAAUAUGGGAUUGGCGCAGUGCUGGCUCAGCAGGAAGGGAAGAAGUUGAGACAGAUCGAGUACAUGAGCAAAAAGAUGUCAUCAAAGAAGUUGGCAAAGUCCACCUAUGAGAUGGAACUCUACGCUCUUUACAAGGCACUUGUCCAUUGGAGGCACUAUCUAUUAGGAAGGUCUGUCAGCGGGACAAGUCGCGGACUCAAGCUCCGCUUGGGUUACUUACCCAUUCCUGCUGGCCCAGGGCAGAAAAUCUCCAUGGACUUCAUGGAUACUCUUGUGACCAGCAAGAAUGGCAAGAAUGGCAAGAGGCACAUCUUCGUCAUAGUGGAUAGGUUCACUAAGUACACUAGACUAAUCGCCAUGCCAGAGACUGCCAGGAUUGAGCACGUCAUCAAGUUGUUCAUGGACAACUGGGUGCGUGAUCUUGGAUUGCCUACGACUAUCGUUAGUGAUAGAGAUGUCCGUUUCACUAGUGAGAUGUGGAAGAAUGCCGCUGAACAGAUGGGCAGCCAGCUUCAGAUGACUUCUGGGAAUCAUCCCGAAGCAAAUGGGCAGGCUGAACAGAUGAACCGAGUGGUGCAGCAUCUGCUGAGGCAUUACAUCAAGCCCAGCCAGGAUGACUGGGAUGAGAAGUUACCUCUCAUCGCCAGUCUGUACAACAACGUUGUACACAGCACCAUCGGUCAGACUAUCGAACACAUUAAGAAAUCUCAGGAGGUCAUGAUUGCUUCUGAGAACAAGCGUCGUCGACAGUCCAUAUUUCAGGUAGGGGAACGUGUCUGGGUCAAGGCUAGUGAACUAGGACAGGAGUUUGGCAUUUCUAGGAAACUAAUGCCACAGUAUUUUGGUCCCUGGGAAGUCCUGGAUAUCGUGGGGAAUGAUUUGGAUGGUCCCUCGUACGUUAUUCGUAUCCCUGGUCACUUACGCACUUACCCUGUUUUCCACGCUUCCAAACUUGCACCUUUUGCUGAGAUAGCACAGUUCCCAUCACGGAGAUCUAUGCUGCCCCCAACCAUGGAUGGCCACGUGGACGUCGACGACAUCCUGGAUCACAGAGAUACGCCUGUUCCUAAGCCACCUGGCAGGGGAAGACCUCCCAAACCUGUGAGGGAAUACAGAGUACAUUUCAGGCAUCAUACAGAUCCGAAGGAAGAUCGAUGGAUUUCAAGAAAGGAACUUGUCAAGACAGCUCCUCAGAUCGUGGCCGAUUAUGUGAAAAGACUGAAGGGGAAGGCACCAGCAUGAAGCAUCUCAGCGAACUUUCGAAGCU